UUAUGGGGUCGGUGAGGAAACGGCGGCGUAUCGGUUCACUCGAUUCGGGUGAUUUGCAAAUGAAGUUUAAAAAAAAUUAGAAAGGUUUUGAUUUUUGAACCAAAGAAAGAAAAAAUAAAAAACGGCAGAGGAAGAGCCGUUUACGGAUUUCUCUUCUUCUUCUUCUUCUUCUUUGUGUGUGUGAGUUAUUAUUAUUAUUAUUAUUAUUAUUAUUAUUAAUUCUCUCUAAUUUACGGACUUAAAUCCAAAUCGCAAGCAGUUUCUCUGGGCUCACGAUUGAUUCAUCGAGUUUGUCUCAAAAAUGCGUUGCCGAGAGGUAAGAUCAUGGACAUUUAAGGGUUUAGUCGCUGCGUUUGUUGAUCUCUCUGUAGCUUUCUCUUUGCUUUGCGCUUCCUCUCUCGUUUAUUUAUCCUCCAACUUCCUCGGUUUGUUUGGUUUGGAACUCCCAUGUCCUUGUGAUGGCUUAUUCAGUAACCCAAAUAAGAACAAGUGUUUUCAAGAGAGUUUAGUGAACUUUCCUGUGAAAAAGAUCUCUUCUGUUCAGAGAUCUGUUAGAAAUAGAACACCAUUUGAUUCAGUUCUGUGUAAAGAAGCUCAUAGUAGUGGUGGAAAGAAGAGAAAAGGGGAGAGGAGACGCGUUGAGUUGGAAGAAGAGGUGUCUAGUACUCCUUCUGUGAAAAGGGUUGAUUCUUGGGUUGAGAAUAAUGCUUCAGGGUUUGAUCUUUUAACCGCGCAGAGUUUGAAAAAGGGAAGUUUUAAAGUUAAGAGUAAGCGUCUCAGCUUUCAUAGGUCGCCUUAUGGUGUCAAGAACCAUUUUCAAGGUAGUUUUGGGUAUAAGAACUUUCAGCAAUCUCCUUCAAGCGUCGAUGUUGACGAAAAUGAUCCUCUUCUUGUCAACUCCCAAGAUAGUGGAAAAUGUUUGGAGGAUGUGUCCUUGAGGAAAAGUGUUUCACUAUGUUCAGUUGGGUGUGAAGCUGAUGCUCAUAACAAACAACCGGAAAGGACAUUUUCAUGGGCGGGUGAAGGUACAUGCAGUUCCCCUGUGGAUCUAACUUAUAGUGGUAUGACACAAAAGACUAUUGAGAUUUUAGAGCGAGUGGUUGCUGAAGAACGAGCUGCACGUGCUGCGUUAGCUCUUGAACUCGAGAAAGAGAGAAAUGCUGCUGCAUCUGCUGCGGAUGAGGCUUUGGGUAUGAUAUUGCGGUUACAAGAGGAGAAAGCGUCGAUAGAGAUGGAAGCUAGGCAGUAUCAGCGGAUGAUAGAGGAAAAGUCUGUUUUUGAUGCGGAAGAGAUGAGCAUUCUUAAAGAAAUUUUGCUGAGGAGGGAGAGGGAAAAACAUUUUCUUGAGAAGGAAGUUGACACUUACAGGCAAAUGUUUCUUGAGACUGAGCAACCUCUGCCUAACACGCCAGAUUCGAAACCAGCUCUAAUCAGAAGGUUGCAAACGCCACAACAGAAUACUGAACCAUGGGAUGAUGAUAUGGAGACUGCUGAUGUCUCUUCUGGAUUUGAGAUCUUCACUAAUCAGAUGGACAGUCGUUUACUUGCUUUUGGAAACAAAUCAGUGCUUACUGGAGAUUAUGAUGAUGUCAGUUCUCCAAAGCCAGGGGAGGUUGACAAUGGAGUAGACCAAAAUCUUGAGUGUGAUCAGUCAAGAAGUGAGGCAUUUGAUGUGGAACUGAAAGAAAGAGAAGAGUGUGGCACUUCAUUUCCAGAACUAGUAACAAGAACUAGCGACAUCGCUGAUACUAAGCUUGGUGAGGACUCCCAUGACAUUGAUUGCCGUGUACAUGAUAUCCAUGUAGUGACUGAUGGAGAUAACAAAGUCCAACUAAAUGUUCCUUCUGACCAUGCCACCAAACUGGACAGAUCACAAAUUGUUUCAGAUACAAGUUAUGGACUUCCUCCAGCAUUUCCACCGGGGAAAAGGAACAUAUCUCCAACUAUGCGCAGAAAUUCAAUGUCGGCUGUUGACUAUGAAAGACUGAAAAUAGAGAGUGAAGUUGGUGUGCUGAGAGGAAGGUUGAGAGCUGUACAAAAGGGAAGAGAGAAGAUUAGUUUCUCUUCCAAAGAACAGAGCAAAUCGCAGGUGCAUCUUCAUGGAGAUAAAACAAGCCGGUUUUGGGAGGCCAGAAGAUCUGGACCUCUCGACUCCUCUUCUAGCCCUUCAACCACAAUGGUAAAGGCGAAGUCUAUGACACUGGACCUUCAUAGUGCUUGAACUGCAAGGUAUGUACUUACUCGAAUAAACCACGACACAAAUAUAUAUCUAGUGAAUACAUGAGCAACUGUAGUUUGUACAAUCUCUCUGCCAAAACUCUAGUGUUGAGGGUUUGAGAUUUACUUUCUUGUGCCUGUCACAAACAUUGUACUCCAAACGGCGACGUUGUCAAAUAAUAGUGAUGCUUUUGUGGCUGUCUUUAUUAUAAUAACAUUUGUCGGGUGA